CAAACCAACCUUUCCAACUAUCUAUGUAACACUUUCAACUCCAAGAAAAUGACAUUUUUGCAUCAAAGGGUUCUUCUUUCAUGUUUAAUUUCGUCUAUCAUUCUCCGGUUACCCCAAGUUUCUUCUCGUGGGCCGAUUUAUAGGCCCCCAAGUGUCGAGCGAUUAACAGAUCGUUUUCGUUCCACAACGGUUUCGCAGAAAAUGUCAACUUUUUUUGGAGCAUCAAAUAUUCACAUGAAGAGCAAUGGAUCAUAUACUGAUAUUAUUUUAGAUAAAACUUCAGGUUCGGGAUUGGUUUCAAAAGAUAGAUACUAUCAUGGAUUCUUUAGCGUUGCAAUAAAGCUACCAAUGGGGGAUACUUCAGGAGUAGUACUAGCUUUCUAUAUGUCUAAUUCAGAUGUUUUUCCGCAUAACCAUGAUGAGAUUGACUUUGAAUUGCUUGGGCAUGAGAAGAGAAGGCAAUGGGUUCUUCAAACAAACAUUUAUGGUAAUGGGAGUGUCAAAACAGGAAGAGAAGAAAAGUUUUACCUUUGGUUUGACCCUACACAAGAGUUUCAUCAGUAUAGUAUGUUAUGGAACACCCAUCACAUAGUGUUUCUAGUAGACAAUAUACCAAUAAGAGAAGUAACCUACAACCAAGCCUCGUCACCUAUGUAUCCAUCAAAGCCAAUGUCGUUAUACACGACCAUAUGGGACGGUUCACAGUGGGCCACACAUGGCGGAAAAUAUCCCGUUAACUACAAAUAUGCACCAUUUGUCGCAUCCUUAGGAGAACUUAAAGCAGAAGGUUGUUUGAUGUCGAAAGCAAACUCAACAUCUACAGGCUCGUGCUCAAAGAGUUCAACUCUUUUGACCUCUGACCCUAUUGAAGGAAACGAGUAUGUAAAGCUAACAAGCCAACAAACCAUUGGUUUGAAAUGGGCUCGAUCUAAACAUAUGUUUUACUCUUAUUGUAAAGACACUUCAAGAUACAAAAUUCUUCCUCCAGAAUGCAAUGCUUAGAAGUUGGAGUUGGAAACUAGUCAUUUGGCCCUAUAUGUUUCUUAUUGUUCCAUAUAUAGUUGUAUACACCUCUUGUAAUGACAAUUUUACCCUCCAUUGAAUUGCUAUAUUGAUAUAUUUUUCAACAAAAGUUGGUCUU